GGACAUAACAUUUCUGUCGUGCGAGGUGAGGAGACAGGGACGUCGAUGUUGGUGUUCCAUCUUCCUUUGUGCUCUCGCUCUCCUUCCACCUCCCAGCCCGCAGCUUCUCCCACCUGGACUUCAUCUACACUCCACUUCUGACUCAGUCGAUCUAGCGUGGCCGAGCUGAGUACCAUCUUCUGAAAGGUCGUCAGAUCGAAGGUGUCGCAGCAGAGCGCGCGGUUAACAUCAUGAGGAACAACGUGAGCUCAAGCUCUUGGCUGCCCCUGCGAGCCCAGCAGCAAGUCAUCUCGGACGACAAACUGCUGCCAUCGAACAUGACCGCAGGCGGAAGAACCGACUCCAGGCCCAGCGGCCCUCGCAACCCGACGAGCCAGCGAUACUUUGAUCACGCGUCUGCCGAUCGCGUCAAUACCGAUGUGGUGAUCGUGGAAAGCAUUCGCGCCGAGUACCCCGAGCUACACCUGACUGUUGUCCCCAAGACAAGCUGUGAUGUGCUCGGCUUCGCUGCGGCAGGACAUGCUGGUGUAUCGCCACUUGGCAACAUCAAAGACCGCCUGUCAUGGCGCAUAUAUGUACCGCCAGCCUCGAGGCUGAAUGGUAAAGGAUACACAGGCGAUCAGGUCAAGUUUGGGAAGUACCUCGUGGAUUGGAGGAACAAGGAGUACAUUGUGUACGUCGCAGAAGGAAGAGAUGGAGGUUCAGCAUACCCAGUUGUGACCAACCAGUACAUCCUUUCUCCGUCAGUGGAAGCAUCGAACACUCUGGUGCUGGAGGCUGGAUCGUGGGGCAAUACACUACACAACGAGAUAUGGGUGUUCGACGGUGGCUACUGGCAGAAGAGCGCUGAGCUGUUCAACAGUGUGCGGAAGGCGAGCUGGGACGAUGUCAUCCUCGAUGAAGGUAUGAAGAAUGCCAUUCGAAACGACGUCGAGAACUUCUACGAUAGCCGAGACACGUACGAAAAGCUCAAAGUCCCCUGGAAGCGAGGAAUCAUCUAUUAUGGACCUCCCGGAAAUGGCAAAACCAUCAGCGUCAAAGCAAUCAUGAACACGCUGUACAGCCGAGACGAUGCAGUCCCGACUCUCUACGUCAGAACACUUUCCAGCUUUGGUGGUCCAGAGUACAGCAUAUCUGAGAUCUUCGCGCUCGCGAGAAGGACUGCACCUUGCCUUCUUGUAUUCGAGGAUCUGGAUUCCAUCGUGACGGAUAAUGUUCGUUCCUACUUUCUGAACGCGAUAGACGGUAUACAAAAGAACGAUGGCAUCUUGAUGAUAGGCUCAACCAACCACUUGGACCGGCUAGAUCCAGGAAUUGCCAAACGACCUUCCCGCUUCGAUCGCAAGUACCUAUUCCCGAAUCCUGACGAGAAGGAGCGGUCGCAAUACAUGAAAUAUUGGCAAGCUAAGCUCGCAGACAACAAAGAUGUCGACUUCCCGGACACACUGUGUCCUGCCGUGGCCAAGAUCACCAAAGGGUUCUCCUUCGCCUAUCUGCAAGAAGCCAUGGUUGCCAGUCUUCUAGCACUUGCGAGAGAUGCGGAUGGCAAUUCCAAAGUCUGCCUUGACUGUCUGGAAGCUCAUGCAAGACCGGAGAAUGGCAGAAUAUGCGAUCGUACAAGCGUCAGGCCAUUCAAGGGACUGUACGACUAUGUGUGGCUAAUUAGACGUGUGGAAGAAGAUGACCCAGAUCUCGAGAAGAAUAAGCUAUGGAUUGAAAUCAGGAAGCAAGUGAGAAUACUGAGAGAAGAGAUGGGUGACGAUGAUGAGUAAGUGGGCAGCUUACAGCGUCGCAUCUAGAACACACAAGUGUAACGACGACAUGCACGAUACCGACAUGUGCCUCGACCAGAUCCUCUCUGCUUCUGACUUGGGAGAGUCCAUGUUUGGAAUAACGGUUGCGGUUACGAAAGCAUGUUUCCAAGAAGGUCCAAGGUCCAAAUAUAUUCUAAAACGCCUACGCGACUAACGUUGAACCCUAAACACCUUUAUGGCAACCCACAAGUCACUACACUACUUCUACAGUACAACCACAAAGGGGCUGCAUGUUUGGACGUUACACUUGAGGAAUGAAAGUGGCAGCGCAGCAACAUCGACGCCAAUUGGGUUAGUCGAUGUGACCGAAACUAUGGUGUCGCUACCGAUCUGCAGCUACUGCACUACUCAUCACGCCUCAUGCUGUGUUGCUGUAUGAGAAGCUGCAGGAGAAGGACUCGACAUCGCAGGUAAGUCAGUCUUCAGGUCAGUAUAUAUUCUCCUCUGUCGACCUGCUUCCUGCUUUUGUUCCUGCAGACAUCGCUGGCAUCGUACUCUCGCAAUCCUCGUUUUUUUCCACCUUCGCUCCAUCAUCAAAACCCUUCGUUCGUUCACAUUUCAUUUCACUUGAUACUUAAACACGACCUACGAAUAGAUUUCGCCACGAUCAAGAUGACUUUCGGCUUGGGAUUCCCUGUUGGUGCGGGCGCUGGCGCCGGUUUCGCUGGUGGCGCGGGUCUCGCUGCUGGUGCCGGUCUGGUCGCUGGCGCCGGUCUGGCUUCUGGCGCUGGUGUGGCUGGUGGCGCUGGCCUGUCUGGCGGCGCGGGGCUAUCUGGUGGUGCAGGUGCUGGACUCCACGGCGGCGCUGGCGCUGGUGCCGGUGUGGCUACUGGCGUUGGUGCGGGUGCUGAUCUCCACGCUGGCGUGGGUGGUGGUGCUGGUGUGAGUGGCGGUGCUGGCGCGGGUGGUGGUGCUCGCGUGGGCGGUGGCGCUGGCGUGGGUGGUGCUGCCGGCGUUGGUGGUGGUGCUGGCGCGGGUGGUGGUGCUCACGUGGGCGGUGGCGCUGGCGUGGGUGGCGCUGCCGGCGUUGGUGGUGGUGCUGGCGCGGGUGGUGGUGCUCGCGUGGGCGGUGGCGCUGGCGUUGGUGGUGCCGCCGGCGUUGGUGGUGGUGCUGGCGUGGGCGGUGGUGCUGCCGUGGGUGGUGGUGCUCGCGUUGGCGGUGGCGCUGGCGUUGGUGGUGGUGCCGGCGUUGGUGGUGGUGCUGCCGUAGGUGCCGGUGCAGGUGCUGGUGCUGCCGUUGGUGCUGGCGCUGGUGCUGGACUCCACGCUGGCGUGGGUGCUGCUGUGCCUUUGUUCACCUUUGAAAUCGGAGGUGGCAUUGGUGGAAGUGGUCACGGAGGUGCGGGCAUCGGUGGAGGUGUUGGGGGUGGUAUUGGAGGAAAUGUCCAUGGCGGCGCGGGUGUUGGAGGAAGUGCUGGAAUCGGCGGUGGAGCCGGUAUUGGCGGUAGCUACGGCGUCAUGCUUCACCCUAUCGGCGGAUCUAUCGGCGGAUCUGUAGGAGGAUCUGUGGGAGGUUCCAAGUCCCCUCCUACACUGCCCAAUGGUAAGCCGCUGUGCACUGUGCAAGGCGGUCCAGCAACACUCCUCUACUUUCCACCUCGUGGUCAGCAGGGCUCGCUGGACUCGGCGAAUAAGGGCGCAAAUGGUCCAGCUCCUCCGUCACCAGCUGGUGGCGAAGCAUACACGACACUGGGUCAGACUUUCCAGCCCGGCCAAGCCUAUAUCUCCUGCAAAACUCUCUGGGCAGGCUACACGGAUGAACAUGGGAGUGUCACCAAGACUGGACCUACCUUUACCGACGCGAUCUUCCCAGUGCCUUCGGAUCAGAUCUCUACACAGUGUCUCCCGAAUGUCGAGGCGAAGGCUACUGCUGGAGUAUCUUUUGGAGCAGCUGCUGGAGCAGGUGGAGCAGGCCUAGGUGCGCAGCUCGACUUCGGCCUGGUCUCCAACGUUUCCGACGAAUGUCGAAACAUUGCUCCUCCUCCAGGUCUUCUCAAUUUCGUGCCAGAAUGGAAAGACUUUGCCUUCUGGAAUCUCGAAUGGGAACAACCAGAGUGCAUUCCACAAAAAAGCGCUCCUCAGCCUGCAGGACCAGUCUGGACACCGGACUCAUCGUGUUCGAUUGUGCAGCCCACUACGAACCUUGUGCCUACUGCGCCUGCUGCAACGCCUGCACCAGCUGUGCAGGGACCUGUUCAGACUACUGCUGGCGGAGCCAUUCCCACGCCAUACCAACGACAAGCGAUGGGAGAUGGCAAUAGUACGAGCAGCAGCCCGGCUACCUACACUGGUGCUGCCUCUCGACCAGCCUACAAGACCGUGACGAAGAGCUCUCUGAUGAUCAGCGCUCUGGCCUUGGCUAUCCUAGCCCUUUGAGGUUGCUUGGGAUGUAUAUAGGUGACUACAUCCAAAGCGCUGUAUCGCUACAGGUGGAUGUAGUCCUAGAAAAAAAUCGGGGAAAAAAUCGGCGCCAAGUUUGACACAUAGUGAUAGCACACUAGCAGGGAUAGAUGGCAUG